CUACUAUACUAUACCUUCUAUAACUACUCCGUAUAUUCUGCAUCAUGGAAGAGCACGAUAUCGUGGUGGCCAAAAUCGCAUCUCAGGUGCGCCAGUUUUACGACCGCAAACAACCAUAUCACAUCUACCAUGGUUCGACAAAUUGCACCCGCAAAUCCUCAAAAACAGCAUCGAACACCAUCGAUACAAGUUCACUCAAACGUACCUUUUCUAUUGACUCCCUGAAACAGACAAUUCAGGUCGAGCCCAAUGUGUCCAUGGACGAGCUGGUCCAAGCGACCCUCCCUCAUGGCUUCAUUCCGCCAGUCGUGAUGGAAUUCUCCGGCAUCACCGCUGGAGGUGGCUUCGCAGGGACAUCUGGCGAGAGCAGCUCAUUUCGCCAUGGAUUCUUCGAUCGCACCGUGAAGCGUGUGGAGCUGGUACUUGCGAAUGGCGAGGUCGUCGAGGCAUCGCCCUUGAUCAAACCGGACUUGUUCUACGGUGCUGCCUCGUCCUUUGGAUCGUUGGGCAUUACGACGCUGCUUGAAAUCAGCCUCAUCCACGCAAAGCCGUAUGUGGAGCUGACAUAUUUCCCCAUCUGUGGCAUGCCGGACGCGUUGGACAGGAUUGCAGCCAUCACCGCCGAUCCGACGGCGGGUUAUCUGGACGGUAUUAUGUACAGCAAGACGAAAGGCGUCAUCUGCAAAGGGUCGCUGGUCGAUACAGCAGAUGAGCAGCGGAUUCAGCGUUUUACACGGCCUACCGAUCCGUGGUUUUACAUGCACGUUGAAAAGUACGUCGAAUCAGCACAGCCCGUCACCGAAUUCAUUCCCCUGUUCGACUAUCUCUUCCGCUAUGAUCGGGGCGGGUUCUGGGUGGGAAAAUACGCAUUUGAGUACUUUCGUAUUCCCCAAUCACGAUUUACCCGAUGGCUGUUGGAUGGUAUCUCGCAUACGAGCGUCAUGUACCACGCUGUGCAUAAAAGCGGUUUAUUCAAUCGGUACAUCAUCCAGGACAUCGCCAUCCCGUAUGCGGGAGCAGAGGAAUUCGUGAAUUACCUCGACGAUUCAUUCCAAAAGUAUCCCCUCUGGCUGUGUCCGCUGCGUCAAACGACUCGAGCACUGGAUGAGUCGCAAAUCCACGGUCUACUCGCACAGCGACACGACAAAGACGCUCAUCUGCAGCCAGAUAUGAUGCUGAAUUUUGGAGUCUGGGGACCUGGGCCGGAGGACUAUCACGAUUGUGUUCGUCUGAACAAGGAAAUGGAGAGGAAAGUCCAGAGCCUGGGUGGUGAGAAGUGGUUGUAUGGUCGGACAUACUAUACAGAAGAACACUUCUGGUCGAUCUAUAAUAGAAAGCCUCUAGAUGCGCUACGAGAAAAGUACCACGCGACAUAUCUGCCGACGUUGUUUGAGAAGGUGAGGGUGAAUCUGGCAAACGAUGGGGAAAAGAGCAUGGGGAUGUUGGAUGGACUGUACGGACUAUUGCAUACUUUUAUCCAUAAGGAGUAUUUGCUAUCGGAAAAGGAGAGCUGGAUGGGAAGGGCAGUGUUUGUGUCUAUCGUGGGGAUGCUUUUCAUGUACUAUUCAUGCAUCCGGUAUUUAUAGAUAUUCCUGCAUAUGAUAACCCCUCAUUAUCCUGCAG